AUGCCGACGAUAGCCGGCGAAAACGUGAUUGGCUUCUCAGUUCGCCAUCCUCGCCAUCGUUGCGCUUGUCACCCUCUCGUCCUGGCAACGCAGUGGACGGUCGGAGACGAUAGCGGCUGGACCAAUAACGACUAUGACUACAAUACUUGGGCUCAAGGCAAGGUGGUCCGCGUAGGAGAUAUAGUCUCUGUAAGUGAGCUCGGGCUCGAGUUCAACUACCAAGAGGGCAACCACAAUGUGUUCAAACUGACCAACGCGACCGACUUCCAAGCGUGCAACAUCCCGCCGGCGAAUGAGACCUUGACGAGUGGCCACGAUGUCAUCCCUCUUAACACUCCCGGGGUCAAGUGGUACAUCUGCGGGAUCAGCCAGCACUGCGCCAAGUUCAACCAGAAGCUCAAGAUCACUGUCAUGGACGCUGCCGCAGGUGCUCUUUUCCUCUCGCCUCUCCUCGUUUUCAAAUUUUAUUCGAGAAAAACAGAGACUGUGAUAGGGCGCACGAUGCCCUCAAAACUGGCCACGAUUACAUCCCUCUUGCCACUCCCGGGGACUAGUGGUACAUCUGCGGGGUCAGGCAGCACUACGCCUCAUUCGACCAGUGGUCCUGCUUCAGUACUGUCCGCUCGGUUUGGUGACAAGCCCUCGGGUGCCAACGCUGCCAUCUCGUCCAGCUUCAAGGUUCUUGCGGUUGCUCUUGUCCUGAUCACAGUUUGA